AUGGCAGUCGUGCAUGGAAACAUGGGAACUGGACACUUUCAGAUGUUUUCUACAGAUUUGGAAAGAAGGACUAACAUGCAAACAACAGAUUAUGGCGCAAAUUUUGUCAGUGACGCACAACCAGUGACCUCCAGGGCGGACAGCAUGGCCUUGUUUACGCACCGCAGAAAGCGCACCAACUUUACACAACAGCAGAUAGACGUCCUCGAAAAAGUUUACUUGGACACCAAAUACCCUGAUAUUUACUUAAGAGAGAAACUUGAAGAACUGACAGGCUUACCAGAGUCAAGAAUUCAGGUGUGGUUCCAGAACCGAAGAGCCAAGUCACGGCGCCAGGUGGGCAUCCCCAUUCCAGCUAAAAACAAUGGAAAUAUUCUGACCUCCAAUACUCUCAUUAUGAACCAGUUUACGACCCAUCAGAACCACACCAGCCUGGAGACGCAAAGAACGCCCCAGUUUGACACAAGGGACAACUUCAGUCAACAUCUGACCAGCUCUGACAACAACGGCUGCAACAAGAAAGUUGACCUGUACGACCCAACCACGAUUCCUUGCAUGUUCAGCACAACUGAGGAGAACCAGGUCAAAAUGGAUCACCUGAGCGUUGUUGUUCCAUGCAAUUACACACAGCAGUAUCCAAUGGUGCAAGGACAGUUUACGGCCACAUGCCAUACAAAAUCGACAAUUAAACCGUUUUUGGUGGAGUAUGACAAUUUCCCGCCGAACAGGACGAUCGGGCCAGAGAUGAAGGUCGUCAUUCCACCUCUACCAUCACAGAAUAACUUCAUGAUGUCAUCGUCAUCCCCCAAACAUGUUGCCUGUUCUGUCCAAAGCAUGCCAGUUAAGGUCCAGCUGGUGAAAUUUGGCACUUUCCCUCCUAUUAAGGCAAAUGAAGCUGUAGAGUUUUCAGAUUCUGACUCCGACUGGGAAAAAGAGGCCAUGUCUGGUUUUAAUGGCUUUAUUUAG